AUGAAUGAUUCUUCAUUGUUCUGCAGUUCAUCAAAUCACGAAGAAAAAGCUGACGUUUUGCAAGCCAUGCAUUUAGCUACCAUUUCAUCACUUCCUUUCACUUUGAAAGUCGCCGUCGAUCUCGGCUUGUUAGAUAUUAUAGCCAAAGCCGCCGACACUCCUCCUGGUACGGUGUCGGUUGCUGAGAUCGUCUCUAAGCUUCCCACCAAUAAUCCAAACGCCACUUCCAUUGUUGAUCGAAUGCUCAGGCUUUUGGCCGCUCACUCCAUCUUGACCUGUGACCAAAUCACUGGCCAAUAUGGCCUGACCCAAAGAUCAUAUGGUCUUGCAUCAGUCGGCAAAUACUUCUUUCAAAAUGAAGAUGGAGUCUCCUUUGCUCCUUUGCUACGUAUGUUUCUCGAAAAAUACAUCCUCGAAUGCUGGAAAUUCUUGAAGGAUGUGACAUUGGAGGGAGGAUUCUCAUGCAACAGAGCAUUUGGGAAGCAUUUGUUUGAGCUGCUGGCGGAUGAUGAUGAUAUGUCGAAAUCUUUCAAUCAAGCAAUGUCAAUUUACACCACUUUAAUAAUGAACCAAGUUCUUGAAACUUACAAAGGAUUUGAGGGUGUGAGCCAAGUGGUCGAUGUGGGAGGUGGAAUUGGUACCAACCUUAAGCUCAUUGUUUCAAAGCAUCCACAGAUUAGGGGUAUUAAUUUUGACCUACCCCAAGUUAUUAAAGAUGCAGUUCCUUGCCCAGGGGUGGAGCAUGUAGCAGGAGAUAUGUUUACGGAAAUUCCUAAAGCUGAAGUUAUUUUCAUGAAGUCGAUGCUUCAUGAUUGGGGCGAUGAUAGAUGCAUGAAGUUACUCAAAGUAUGUUAUGAUGCAUUGCCUGAAAAGGGUAAAAUUGUAUCGGUGGAAUCCAUUAUACCGGAAAUACCAGAGACAGACGUUAUAACGAAAACAAUCUUCCAACGAGACGUAGCUUUGUUUCACAUUCUUCCAGGUGCUAAAGAGAGGACCAAACAAGAGUUGGAGGCAUUGGCCAAACAAGCUAGUUUCUUUUCUUUAAAAAUCGUUUGUCCUGUUUAUAACAUCUGUUUUGAAUAUAUUCAUCUUCUUUCUCUAACAUAUUCAACCGCCACGGAUGAUUCUUCACUGUUCUGCAGUUCAUCAAAUCAUGAAGAAGAAGCUGAUGUUUUGCAAGCCAUGCAUUUAGCUUCCAUUUCAUCACUCCCUUUCACUUUGAAAGUCGCCGUUUAUCUCGGCUUGUUAGAGAUCAUAGCCAAAGCCGCCGAUACUCCUGGUACGCUGUCGGUUUCCGAGACCGUCUCUAAGCUCCCCACCAAUAACCCAGACACCCCCUUCCAUUGUUGA